AUGUCUCGUUUCUACUCAUGUUUAGCGGUAUAUAAGGCCAGCUUGAUUUUGCGAAGUUUGUCGAAUUUUGUUAUAAACCUGAACAGAUUUUACACACGUUUUGGGAAGUUUGUCGAGUUUAGCGAAGUUUUACCGAUGGGAAACAAACCCGCAAAGCAAGAGAAAAAGAGAGAAGAUGUUAUUUUAGUGAAGGUAGUCCCUCAUGUAGACCGUGCGUACGUUCGUUGGCUCACUCGGGAUUUGAAGAGGAUUUACGACUUCACGCCACAGAAUCCACAGGCUAUAAAGCCUUCGGAUCACUACAUUGAGAUUAUGCGUCUGAACGGAUUGUUGGAUUUGGACAUGGAUGACCCUGACCUGGCACAUCUGUUCAAGUAA